GUACUAUUCUUUUUUGGUUUCUAGUCGUCGUGGCUUUCAUUGAAGCAAUCUCUACGUAUAGGGUGUAAUACUACAGUAACCGUUAAGCGUCUUAGGCCUACUCACAACACGCAAAUCAUGUGGAAGUUAAAUGUAGCGGUUGCAUCGAUAAUGCUUGUAUUAUUGGUAUAUAGUUUCAUCAUUAAUUCCAAAGGCUAUCAGCAUAUAAGAGAGACCAAUAUCAGGUUUAAGUUCUCCAAACAAAAGGAUACGUUAAGCCAUAUUGUGAACGAAGAUGGGGAACAAAUGAUAACGCCCUUAAAUGAAUUAGCCAUGCCGUUACUAACAUCAGGCGAUGCACGGAAAAGUCGCAAGCAGUCACUGUUAUUCAGUCAUUUUCCAAAAGCAGGUGGGUCGGAAAUAAGGCAUAUAUUAACUACAGUAGUUGGAGAGAGUAUAAAUGUUGACCAAAACAGGGGAAUGUACAAAAAUAACAGUACAAUUCUUGAAGAUAACUACUUUCUUCAAACAGAAUUUGUAUCACUGGAGCCAUAUCAAAAAUCAAAUUUUUUCGUCAUUGCGCAUGUACGUUCACCGUGUAAUUAUCUACUGUCAUUAUGGGCAUUCGGCUCGGACGGAAAAGGCGCGCUUUACCAUUCGACAAGGGAUAAAAGUGUGUAUGGGAAUACGCCCCCGUAUAAUAACAAAGAUGACCUAAAGAGAUUCACUAUGUGGCUUCAAGACAAUAAAAAGAUAUAUACAAAUAGACUUGUUCACAAGUAUUUCAACAAUAACAUAUGAAAAUCAGACCCAACUUUGAGCAAUGCGGACUGUUGGGUUCACACCGAAAUGUUAAUUUACGACUUGGUGAAUUGCUUGAAACGAUAUGAAAAACAAGGGGGAAUUGUAAAAUGGGAGAAAUUUCAUAAGAUAAAAGUGAAUGCGAAUCCUAGUACACAUUCCACAUGUGAUGACUACUUUGACGAUGGCAGAAAAGCAUUGGUGAUGAAUUCCAAUAAAGAUAUGGCAAAAUUAUUUGGAUACGAGACCUGUUGCACGGAAAACAAUAAAACGUUACCAGCAGAAUUUAAAAAGUUCUGGAUCAAUUAAGCUACAUUCGAUAG